AUGUCAGAUGACGAACAUUUGUCUCUCCAUUCCUACGAUCCAUAAAUGGAUGAUAAUAAUAAUGAUGAUAUUGAUGAAUUUUAUAAGGAAUUAAGUUUGUAAUUUUAUGGAGAGAAUAAAAAGAAGAAAGUUUCACUGCUAAUGUCAGGUUCUACUUAAGAGACUUAAAAGCCUAGCAGAGAUACACUUCCAGAUUUUAAGAAAGGUUUCACAUUCGUGAAGGCAUCUUCAAGUCGGCCAGGAAGUCCAAAAUGUGGACGUACUCAGGUGCAAAGGAAAUCACCAAAUCAAAAGCAAUAGAGUAGUCCCGUAAAUGUUAAAAUGAUUCAAACUAAGAAACUUAUUCAAUUGCUUUAGUCACCUUACAAUGUGAAGAACAAGCAAAAACAGACUUUUCUUAAGAAAUAGAUAGACAUGAUUAAAAAGAUUCAGGUAUAAGAAUUAAAGGAACAUUAUUAUAAAUGAGGCUAUAUUAAUUCUGUUCUCCUUCUUUAAUUUAAAGUAUCGAAGAUAAUUGUUCAAA